GUCACUCACAAACCUUAGCUCCAAUUACUACUACGUAGUAAAGUAAUGGCUUCCAAUAUUCAUGAUGAAUCUGUUUCAUCAGCUCCAACACGUGCUUAUGAAACUAAACCCAGUUCAAAAUCAAUACCCCAGCAAAGUGUCAUAGACAUUGAAGCCACCACACUAGAAAUGGAAGCUUUUAGAGGUCCAAGAAAGAUCAAUGGAUCAGCUGGUGAGACUCAGAAAGAAGAGAUUGGUAUCUGCUUGACAUGGAAGGAUGUAUGGGUGACUGCUUCCAAUAGAAAGAGUGGAAGCAAAUCAAUUCUUCACGAGCUAACUGGUUAUGCUAAGCCAGGGCAACUCUUGGCAAUAAUGGGUCCCUCUGGCUGUGGCAAAUCUACUCUACUUGAUUCUUUAGCAGGGAGAUUAGGUUCAAACACAAGGCAAACCGGGGAGAUUCUGAUCAAUGGUCACAAACAAGCACUGUGUUAUGGAACCUCAGCAUAUGUCACACAAGAUGAUACAUUACUCACCACCUUAACGGUUAGAGAAGCAGUGCACUAUUCAGCUCAGCUCCAAUUACCUGACACCAUGUCCAAAGAAGAGAAGAAAGAGAGAGCAGAUUUCACAAUCAGAGAAAUGGGUCUUCAAGAUGCCAUUAACACAAGAAUUGGAGGGUGGGGUUGUAAAGGCAUAAGUGGGGGUCAGAAGAGGAGAGUUAGCAUCUGCAUAGAGAUCCUAACACGCCCAAAACUUCUCUUUCUUGAUGAACCAACUAGUGGACUUGAUAGUGCAGCUUCCUAUUAUGUCAUGAAAAGAAUCGCUGCCCUUGCUCAAAAUGACCACAUUCAGAGAACUGUUAUUGCGUCAAUCCACCAGCCUAGUAGUGAAGUUUUUCAACUCUUCCAUAGCCUUUGUCUUCUGUCUUCGGGUAAAACAGUUUAUUUUGGACCUGCUUCUGCUGCAAAGGAGUUUUUUGCUUCAAAUGGUUUUCCUUGUCCUCCUCUCAUGAAUCCAUCUGAUCAUUUACUGAAAACUAUAAACAAGGAUUUUGAUCAGGAUAUUGAAGCGGGUUUAGCAGGAACUGAAAACAUACUCACAGAAGAAGUAAUCCACAUCCUUGUGAACUCAUACAAAUCAUCUGAAAGGAAUCAAGAAGUUCAAAAUGAAGUAGCUUUACUAUCUAAGAAGGACACCAGUUCAUUGGAUAUGAAGAAAGGGAAUGCAGGCUUCCUUAAUCAAUGCUUAGUUCUAACCAAAAGAUCGUUCAUUAACAUGUAUCGUGAUCUAGGCUAUUAUUGGUUACGCCUUGUCAUAUAUAUUGCAUUGGCCAUAACUUUAGCCACUGUUUUCUAUGAUUUGGGAACAAGUUAUGACUCAAUUAAGGAUCGAGGUUCACUUGUUGCAUUCAUAAAUGGAUUCAUUACUUUCAUGACCAUUGGUGGAUUUCCUUCCUUUGUGGAAGUCAUGAAGGUAUAUCAACGAGAAAGACAAAAUGGGCAUUAUGGUGUGACUGCAUUUGUCAUUGGGAACACCUUGUCAUCAAUCCCAUACUUGCUAAUGGUUACAUUCAUUCCUGGGGCUAUAUCUUAUUACCUUCCCGGUCUUCAGAAUGGAUGCGAACAUUUUCUGUAUUUCAUUUGUGUUUUAUUUUCAAGUCUCAUGUUAGUGGAGAGUCUUAUGAUGAUAGUUGCUAGUGUGGUUCCCAACUAUCUUAUGGGCAUCAUUGCUGGUUCUGGAAUUCAAGGAAUCAUGCUUUUACUUAGUGGGUUCUUUAAAUUGCCAAAUGAUAUUCCUAAGCCAGUUUGGAAGUACCCAUUACACUAUGUUGCUUUUCAUACGUAUGCCAACCAAGGAAUGUUCAAGAACGAAUAUAAAGGACUAAGAUUUAAUACAGAUCAUCAAGUUGGAUCAGGAGGCUCACAUGGUUACAUAAGUGGUGAAGAGGUUUUAAGAAAUACAUGGCAAGUUGACACGAGUUACUCAAAGUGGGUUGAUCUAGCAAUCUUGAUUGGAAUGAUUGUUGUAUAUCGAGUUUUGUUUUUGGUUAUCAUCAAGAUUAAAGAGAAGAUGAAGCCCCUUGUUGUAUCAUUAUCGUGCAUGUCAGCCUCUCCCAAGAGAACAAUGCAGGUCAUGGAAAACCCCAACGCCACUCCUUUACAUUGCAGUCCUAUCAUUAAUUGUUACAUAAUUAACAAUAUGGCUUGCCUUCAUGAUCAGUCUCUUUCAUCUGCCCCUAGAUGUGCUUAUGAAACUAAACCCAGUUCAAAAUCAGUACUCCAGCAAAAUGUCAUAGACAUUGAAGCCACCACACUAGAAAUGGAAGCUUUUAGAGGUCCAAGAAAGAUCAAUAGAGAAGAAGGUAUCUGCUUGACAUGGAAGGAUGUAUGGGUGACUGCUUCUAAUAGAAAGAGUGGAAACAUAUCAAUUCUUAAGGGUCUAACUGGUUAUGCCAAGCCAGGGCAGCUCUUGGCCAUCAUGGGUCCUUCUGGCUGUGGCAAAUCCACACUACUUGAUACUUUAGCAGGGCGACUAGGUUCAAACACAAGGCAAACCGGGGAGAUUCUGAUCAAUGGACAUAAACAAUCGCUGGCUUAUGGAACCUCUGCAUAUGUCACACAAGAUGAUACCUUGUUAACAACCUUAACGGUCAGAGAAGCAGUGCACUAUUCAGCUCAACUCCAAUUACCAGACACCAUGCCCAAAGAAGAGAAGAAAGAGAGAGCAGAUUUCACAAUCAGAGAAAUGGGUCUUCAAGAUGCCAUUAACAAAAGAAUUGGAGGGUGGGGUUGUAAAGGAAUCAGUGGGGGUCAGAAGAGGCGAGUUAACAUCUGCAUAGAGAUCCUAACACGCCCUAAACUUCUCUUUCUUGAUGAACCAACUAGUGGACUUGAUAGUGCAGCUUCCUAUUAUGUCAUGAGAAGAAUUGCUACCUUGGCUCAGAAUGACCUCAUUCAGAGGACUGUUAUUGCUUCUAUCCACCAGCCUAGUAGUGAAGUUUUUCAAUUUUUCAAUAACCUUUGUCUUUUGUCAUCAGGUAAAGCAGUUUACUUUGGACCUGCUUCUGGUGUAAGUGAGUUUUUCGCUUCAAAUGGUUUUCCCUGUCCUGUUCUCAUGAAUCCUUCUGAUCAUUUUCUGAAAACUAUAAACAAGGAUUUCGAUCAGGACAUUGAGGUGGAUAUAUCGGGGAAUAGAAAAAUACCCACAGAAGAAGCAAUCCACAUUCUUGUAAACUCAUAUAUAUCAUCUGAAAUGAACCAAGAAGUUCAAAACGAAGUAGCUGCACUAUCUACAAAGGAUAUUAGUUCAAUAGACUGGAAGAGAGGGCAUGCGGGCUUCCUUAAUCAAUGCCUAGUUCUUACUAAAAGAUCGUUCGUGAACAUGCGUCGUGAUCUAGGCUAUUACUGGUUACGCCUUGCCAUAUUUGUUGCAUUGGCAAUAGCUUUGGCCACUAUUUUCUAUGAUUUGGGUACAAGUUACGUCUCAAUUCAGGAUCGAGGUUCACUUGUUGCAUUUAUUAAUGGAUUCCUAACUUUCAUGACCAUUGGUGGAUUCCCUUCCUUUGUGGAAGUCAUGAAGGUAUUUCAACGAGAAAGGCAAAAUGGGCAUUAUGGUGUCACUGCAUUCGUCAUUGGGAACACCUUGUCGUCGAUUCCAUACUUGUUAUUGAUUACAAUUAUUCCUGGGGCUAUAGCUUAUUACCUUCCUGGUCUUCAUAAUGGAUGCGAGCACUUUCUGUAUUUCAUUUGUGUUUUAUUUUCUAGUCUCAUGUUAGUGGAGAGUCUUAUGAUGAUAGUUGCGAGCGUUGUUCCCAACUUUCUAAUGGGUAUCAUGACUGGUGCUGGAAUUCUAGGAAUCAUGCUUUUACUUGGCGGGUUCUUUAAAUUGCCACAUGAUAUUCCUAUCCCGGUUUGGAGAUACCCAUUACACUUUGUUGCUUUUCACACGUUUGCCAACCGUGGAAUGUUCAAGAACGAGUACGAAGGACUAAGAUUUGCUUCCAAUGAAGUUGGAGGAGGUUACAUAAGUGGUGAAGAGGUUUUGAGAUAUGCAUGGCAAGUUGACAUGAGUUACUCAAAGUGGGUUGAUCUUGCAAUCUUGAUAGGGAUGAUUUUUCUUUAUCGAGUUUUGUUUUUGGUUAUCAUCAAGGUUAAAGAGAAGGUGAGGCCCGUUGUUGUAUCAUUAUCAUGUAUGUCAGCGUCUUCCAAGCGAACAAUACAAGUCAUGGAAAAUCCCAACGCCACUCCUUUACAUUGAUAUUUGAGAAGUUAUAUAAUUUUGCCGUUA